AUGUGAAUAUCGCGUUCAAUUACGCAGCUAAUCAGGAACUGCAGCUCAUCUGAAAAAAUUGGGAUUUCAAAAUUGGGGAAAAUUUAUUAAUACAGCGUCAGGAAAACAGACAGAUAGAUCCUGUUAGCUUCAUUAUUUUCAAACAAAAGAAACACCAAACCAUUGUUGCUUUCGGGGAACUAGGGAAAACAUCCCUACAUUUUGUAAGACAAAAUGAUUGGUAUGAAACUGUAUUAAUUUACUUUAAAAUGAGCCAAGGUUGAGAAAAUCACUAACAAUUAAACCAGUUAAACAGUUGCUAUGACAGAAUCAGAAGACACUUGUUUGAUCAAACGAUGAUAUCAGCAGGCCUUGUUUUAUCUACACAAAGUUAAAUGAAACUACACCGUUCUUUUGUUAUUUCAGCUCCACAUUUCAAAUAUUGCCGUUUACUGAUCAACCUAAUUUACCAGAUUUCAGCAAAAAUAUCAAUUAAAUUUUAUUACAAAAGCAACCAGAUUUUUUGCAUUUGUUAGUUUUUAUCCUAAAUUAUUGUUGUAUUGUUCGUCUUUUUGGGUGUUUAAAAAUAAACGCACUGAUGACCUGAAUAACAAAAUUCAGAUGCUAAAUAUGUGAUAAGUUUCUAUGUUUGCAGUUCAGAAAUUGAAAUCAAAGAGCAAAAUGGUUUUGUCAAUUGUUUGAGUUAAUCAAAUACGGUAUACGAGCUAUGACAAGAAAGAUUUUAUCAAUUUUCAAUGAGAAAAUUUGAAUAAUUUGAUUAAUUUUGUGAUUAAAAUUACAUUCAUUUUAAAAUUCAUCGUUUAAAAUCUAACAACGACAAGUUAUUUUUAUUUUUACUAGUUAUAUAAACAUAAAACUUCAAGUAUGGGCUGUUCAUGCUCGUCAUAUUCUUUGAAAGACUCCGCGUGGCGUGUGGUGUCUUUCAAAUACUGCAGAGAAGGGAAUGCAAUGGGCCAAAAGGACACAAUCAUGGCAUUGGUAGAGCAGACCAACUUCUCAGAGCAGGAACUCAAACAGUACUUCAAGAGAUUCAAGAAGGAACAUCCCGAUGGAAAGAUGGACGAAAAAGCUCUACGCAAAAUGUUCGAGUCGGUGUUCCGGGAGGGCGACGCGAGUGAGAUUAGUGCCCAGAUGAUGCACAUGUUCGACCGGGACAACUCCGGCAGUCUGGACUUCGGGGAGGUCAUCAUGGCACUGUCGGUGACUCGCAAAGGGUCGCCAGAGGACAAGAUGCGAUUGGCAUUCGACAUGAUCGACAACGACUCAAAUGGUACGAUUGAGUAUGAGGAGAUGGUUCAACUAGUCACUGCACUUCACAAGAUGGUAGGGGUCACCAUAGUCCACGUGAACGGAAGCGCAGAAGACGACACUCCAGAGAAACACGUGAAGAAAAUGAUGGCCAAACUGGACACUGACAACGACAAUGUCAUCUCCUUUGAAGAGUUUUGUCACGGACUCAAAAAUGAACCAGCCAUAGCCCAGCUGCUCACAGUUCAGACCAGUCCAGAGAUACUCGCCAAGAAGCUCACCAGCUCUCAAUGAUUUCUUAUAUUAACUGCGGCAAAAUAAUGUUCUCGUUCUAUCUGUAAAUAACUUAAUUGUUUAGUCUUUAA